GCUUCUAUGAUGAAGCACCAAAACUUCAUGGGGAUCACAACAGAAAUGUUGAAGAACCCUAUUAGGGUUAGUCUUAGCUUCAUGCUCCUCCGUUUCAUCACAACAAGUGCUCAAGCACCAAUUUACAUGAACAGUUAUUGUGAGAACUCAACACUUGUUAGCUCUUCAUACAAUGCCAACGUUGACACCCUUCUCUCAUGGCUAUCCACAGACUCAUACAAAGGCGAUGGAUACAACUACACCUCUGUAAAUAGCAACAACCACAACAAUGAUGAUACUGUUUAUGGAUUGUACAGCUGCAGAUUCGACAUGACAGGGUAUUUUUGCCAGUUCUGCGUCACCACUGCUGCGAAUGAACUCUCUCGAAGGUGUUCCAACAGUGUAGGAGCUAUCAUAUGGUAUGACAUAUGCAUCAUCCGUUACUCAAACCAAAGUUUCAGUGGCAAAGUUAGUUUAUCUCCAAUAUGGAAGACUACCGGAACCAGAAAAAUCAAGGUAUUUUUUCAUUAUGAAAUAUGGAAACUUAUGAGAUAUGGUUAAUAUCUUCUGAAAUACGGUUAAUA